CUAUCAUCAGUUAUGGCAGCGGCAGCCAUAAAAUUGCCCUACCUUCUUGCCCUCAUCUUCUCCGUGCUCCUCCUCCUUCCCUCUGUCGGCAGCAUUGCGCUUGACACGCUCAACAACGGCGGCAACAUCACCGAUGGCGAGACGCUGGUCUCUGCCGGUGGUUCAUUCACGCUGGGAUUCUUCUCGCCGACCGGUGUGCCAACCAAGAGAUACCUCGGGAUCUGGUUCACCGCGUCCCCCGCUGACGCUGUCUGCUGGCUGGCCAACCGUGACACCCCGCUCAACAACACCUCCGGCGUACUGGUGGUCACCACCGGCGGAAGCCUUCGCCUUCUCGACGGCUCUGGCCACGCCACGUGGUCUUCGAACACGAAGGAUUCCUCUGCCACUGCGGUGGCGCAGCUUCUUGAGUCUGGCAACCUGGUCGUGCGCGAGCAGAGCAGCGGAAGCAUCCUCUGGCAGUCGUUCGACCACCCGUCGAACACCUUGCUCGCCGGCAUGAGGUUCGGCAAGAAGCCUCAGACCGGCGAGGAGUGGUCCCUCACGUCGUGGCGCGCGCUGAACGACCCGGCGACGGGGGACUACCGUCAGGUGCUGGACACCAAGGGCCUUCCGGAGUCGGUCCUGUGGCAGGGCAACGUCAAGAAGUACAGCACGGGGCCGUGGAACGGCCUGUGGUUCAGCGGCAUCCCGGAGAUAGCGUCGUACUCCGGGAGGUUCUCCGUCGAGGUUGUCGUCCGCCCCAACGAGAUCGCCUACGUCUUCAAUGCCACGGCCGGCGCACCCUUCUCCUGCCUCGUGCUGAACGUGGACGGCGUGCUGGAACGCCGGGCGUGGGACCCGGACAAACGAGGGUGGACUGUCUGGAUGCAGUCGCCGAGGGGCUUCUGCGACAACUACGGCAAGUGCGGCGCGUUCGGCCUGUGCAACGAGGACGACGCGGCCACGCAGUUCUGCGGCUGCAUAGACGGGUUCAGCCCCGCAUCGCCGUCGCAGUGGUCGAUGAGGGAGACCUCCGGCGGGUGCCGGAGGAACGUGCCGCUGGAGUGCGGCAAUGGCACAACGACAGAUGGGUUCAGGGUGUUGAAGGGAGUGAAGCUCCCCGAGACGGACAACGCGACGGUGGACAUGAGCGCGACGCUGGAGCAGUGCAGCGUGUGGUGCCUCUCCAACUGCUCGUGCGUGGCCUAUGCCCCCGCCGACAUCCGAGGAAGUGGCAGUGGUUGCGUCAUGUGGAAGGAUGACAUUGUUGAUGUCCGGUAUCUAGAAGAUGGGCAGGAACUCUACGUGAGGUUGGCAAAGUCCGAAUUAGUUAACGAGAAGAGAAGCGAUAAGGCGAAAAUCGUGCUUCCAGUUACGGUGUCCCUGCUUGCACUCGCGUCUGCAGGCAUGUACCUUGUUUGGAUAUGCAUCCUUAGAGGUAGAGCCACUCCACUGAAGUUCCUGCAAGGCCGCCAUCCAAACAACCAUAAGAAAAUGCGUGGUUUCUUGAGCGCGUCAGAUGAACUAGGUGACGAAGAUCUUGAUCUUCCAUUUGUUUGCUUUGGAGAUAUUGUUUCUGCAACAAACAAUUUCUCUGAGGACAAUAUGCUCGGACGAGGAGGCUUCGGGAAGGUUUAUAAGGGUAUGAUGGGCGACCACAAAGAAGUUGCAAUCAAAAGGCUUGGUAAGGGUUCUAGACAAGGAGGAGAGGAAUUCAGAAAUGAAGUUGUCCUAAUUGCCAAAUUGCAGCACAGAAACCUCGUCAGGCUUCUUGGUUGUUGCAUUCAUGGAGAUGAGAAGCUGCUGAUUUAUGAGUUUUUACCAAACAAAAGCUUGGAUUCCUUCAUUUUUGAUUCUGCAAAUAAGAAGGUCCUUGAUUGGGCUGCAAGGUUCAAGAUAAUUAAAGGAGUAUCUAGAGGACUUCUUUAUCUCCACCAAGAUUCGAGGUUGACUAUCAUUCACAGAGAUCUCAAAUCUAGCAACAUAUUGUUGGAUACAGAUAUGAGUCCUAAGAUAUCAGAUUUCGGUAUGGCAAGAAUCUUUGGUCGAAACCAACAAGAAGCAAAUACUAAUCGAGUUGUUGGGACAUAUGGCUACAUGUCUCCCGAGUACGCCAUGGAUGGUGCCUUUUCUGUCAAGUCUGAUACAUAUAGUUUUGGUGUUAUACUCUUGGAGAUUAUCAGCGGUUUGAGGAUCACUUCAGCUCGCUUCACGGGCUUUCCUAACCUAUUAGCUUAUGCGUGGAGCUUAUGGCAAGAUGGUAAGACAAUUGAUCUGUUGGACUCAUCCCUUGCCGAGACUUGUUCGCCCACUGAAAUUUUACGGUGCACCCACAUAGGACUGUUGUGUGUGCAAGACAAUCCAAACAGUAGGCCCCUCAUGUCAUCGGUUGUGUUCAUGUUGGAGAAUGAAUUCACGCCACUUUCAGUCCCAAAACAGCCUGUGUAUUUCUCACAAAGGUAUUCGGAAGCCCAAGGAACAGGAGAAAAUACUAGCAGCUCUGUGAAUAACAUUAGUGUUACAGUGUUGGAGGGACGGUAGAUGGUUAGCUUAUACAUAUACUCCUAUGUUAGUACGUGUGAAUCACUUUGCUUUGACAUAUAUGUUUUCUUUUUUUCGAUGGGUGAUGUGUGAUAUGUCAAUAGCAUACAUAUUUUUUUACAACAGUUACAUCGUUAUUGGUGCACCUCCUUAAAUGCCUGGAACAG